ACUCUUCCAGAACUUUACACAACUUCGGCGUUGUGUAACUAUGGCGACGUCCCUGUUACUAUAGUAAUGGCCCUAAACAUUUAAGCUAGUUUUACUCGCCUUGUUGACAGUUUGCCUCUAAAAUGUCAAAACCGGUUUAUCGUCGAGUUAGAUUCGGAAGCUCACAGGACAGGAGAAUUUACCCCCUCUAUUUUCCAGAAGACCGAUUAGGAAACCAAUUGAAAAAAGAAGAAGCUCGGAAACCGCCUCAUCUCGGACCGGGCUGCUAUUACAACGACGAGUUUCGCUCCAUUGUUUACAAUCUAGAAACCAGACCUGAGAGCUACAAGGGAUAUGUUCUCUCUGCCCGGACUGACACUCGUUUUCCAUCUUCCAAGUUGACUCCAUCACCUCAGCAGUACCAGAGGGAUCAGAGCAAAUCCAGAGUUCCUUUCCACGGUAGAGCUCCGUUCGGUUCUUAUGAAUAUAAAUUCAAAAUGCCGAAAAACACCGCCAGCAACAGCCCAGGCCCUGGGAUAUACGAACACAUCACAAAAAGAAACAGGAAGGUGAUCUGGCCCACGUGCUUCGGGAAACCGGACUGGUCCAAACUGCCGCGGCUGGACAAGAAGGCUGUCAAAGUGACGGUACCCAACGACUAUGGGUUCAUUAGGCACAGGGGAAAACUGGCCUAUCUGAGACUGUAUUUUUAACUCUACAGCUGAGGCAUGAAAUCGCAAAACAACAUGGAUGCCAUGAGGAGUCGCCUGAAGCUGCAGAAAUCCUCACCUAGCAGAUACUGUAAGAGUUAAUAAAAAAAACCCACACUU